AUGGAGAAUUGCAAUGAAGAUGUGUUAAAUGACCAUACUUAUGCAGAUAUUGGUCAAAUUGCAGUAGACAGACACAUAGUUGAUCACAAUUAUUAUAUAGCAAUUGAAGAUAAUAGUUCAGAUUCAGAGUUGGAUGAAGUAAUUGAAGAAAAUGAUGAAAAUGAUGAAAAUGAUGAAAAUGAAGAACCUAUAGAUAAUUAUGAAGCUGAAAACUUACAACACAAUCGCACUUACACAAUCAUACCAGGAGUACACAAUAACUCCAAAAUAUACAUUGACAAUUUUAACUAUAAAUAUUAUAAGAAAAGUGUUGUAAGGAAUAAAAUGUACUUGAUUUGUGAAAAACAAAGAACAAAGAAAGCAGACCAAUAUUGUGCAGCAACCGCCAUAGUUAACAUUAAUGAUCAAGGGAAUCAUUUAGAUCUUCAGCCUGGUGGACACAACCAUGGAUCUGUUGAGGUUGACAUGGAUAUGCCAUUCUUGAGGCAAGCAGUAGGAAAACGCUCAAUAGCAAUAGGCGCUAUGUCUCUGCCAAUCAGGCAAAUCUAUAAUGAAGAAAUCAUUAGUCAUCCUCGUGGAAGUUGGGGAUAUACAUUCCAACAAGCUCAGCUGAGGAGCAAAAGAAUGCGGAACCGUCGAAGACCAAAAAUUCCAGAGACAAUUCAAGAAUUGGUGAAUCUAUUGAAUAUGCAAGAACACAACCAUUAUUCCACAACUCUACAGGAACCACCAUCAACAUUUUUUCAACAGGCGUUAAUUUUAGAAGGUGUAUUUGUAGGAGUUAUAUUUGCCAAUAUUCAGUUUAUCCACAGGUUUAGCGAGGAACUCCAAGCUGUCAAGUCUGCAGGAUGUGAUGGCACCUUUAAAACAGUUCCAAGUACACCUAAACAAUUGAGAAGAGGUUCUUUAAUGACGUUCCAUGUUGUGUACAAAAAUGUUUCUUUCCCGAUGGUGUAUGCACUUUUGACUAGUGCCACAGAAGAGACUUAUACAGCAUUUUUUCAAAUAGUCCGUCAUUUACUACCAUUAAAUUAUGGUAAUUUAACAAUUAUUACCGAUUUCGAGCGUGGAUUGAUGAAUGCAGUUACAACAGUGUUUCCUGAAAGUCGGUUACAAUGCUGCUGGUUCCAUUUUUGCCAAUCAAUUGUACGAUACUGCCGCCGAAAAAAUAAUUUGGUAUAUGACCUUAUCAAGACCAAUGUUAUAGCCGCUAAUGUGUUGCGCAUGAUAUUAGCACUGGCCCAUCUACCAGCUUCCAGAGGUCAUGCAGAUUGCCAACAAUUUUGUAUUGAAGAUGGCUUUAGAGAAAUUGUAGCCUAUAUCCAGCAGUAUCCAGACGUGUACAAUCGCAUGCAAACAUUUUUAUUUGAAUACAUACAAAAUUUUUGGCUGAAUCAAGUUGGACCAGCUUUUAUUAGUGUCUUUGGUAGUGAAAUAAGGACUAAUAAUUACUUGGAGUCCUUUCAUAGCCAGUUGUUAAGGUUUUUUGGAAAUCACCCAAAUAUCUGGGACUUUUUACAGAAACUAAGAAUAUUAGAAAAUCAAUUCUUUGUAGAAUUUAUACAAGCCAGCAAAAACUUAACAAUCCGAGAUCAAACUUCUAGAAGUGAACGGGCUACCAAUACUCAUAUGUUGAAAAGAGCUAUUGAGCAGCUUAAUGAACAUGGCAACAUUAUUAGAUGUCUUACACAAAUGGGCCAUGCUAAUGAUGGGUAUCUGAGACGUCAGAUUGGUCCUAUUCCAGCAGAUUAA